UCGGCCGGGGGCCCCGAGCGGACGGACUCGGGGGGCCGGGGGGUGGGGGGAGCCCCCCGGGACGCCGCGGCCACUCCCCCCCCUGCGCCCGGGCCGGCGGAGGCGGAGAAUGGAGACACCCUUCUACGGCGAUGAGGCGCUGAGCGGCCUGGGCGGCGGCGGCGGUGCUGGCGGUGGUGCUGGCGGCGCCAGUGGCAGCGGCGGCGGUGCCGGAGGAGGCGGCAACUUUGGGGCCCCGGGCCGCCUGUUUCCCGGGGCGCCCCCGACGGCCGGCGCCGGCAGUAUGCUCAAGAAGGACGCCUUGACGCUGAGCCUGAGCGAGCAGGUGGCGGCGGCGCUCAAGCCCGCUGCGCCCUCGGCCGCCCCGCCGCCCCCGGCCCCGCUGCGCGCCGACGGCGCCCCGAGCGCCUCGGCCCCGGACGGCCUGCUCGCCUCGCCCGACCUCGGACUGCUCAAGCUCGCCUCUCCGGAGCUCGAACGCCUCAUCAUCCAAUCCAACGGGCUUGUGACCACCACGCCGACGAGCAGCCAGUUCCUUUACCCCAAAGUGGCGGCCAGCGAGGAGCAGGAGUUUGCCGAGGGCUUCGUCAAAGCGUUGGAGGACUUGCACAAGCAGAACCAGCUGGGCGCGGGCGCCGCCGCCGCCGCUGCCGCCGCCGCUGCUGCUGCUGCGGCCGCCGCCGCUGCCGCCGCCGCCGCCGGGGGGCCCUCCGGGACUGCGUCGGCCCCGGGCGCCGCGACCCCCGGCGAGCUGGCACCGGCGGCCGCCGCCUCCGAGGCGCCCGUCUACGCGAACCUGAGCAGCUACGCGGGCGGAGGAGGCGGCGGUGGAGGCGCCGGCAGCGCCGGGGGUGCGGCCUUCGGCGCCGACCCGGUGCCCUACCCGCCGCCGCCUCCUCCGGGCGCGCUGGGGCCGCCGCGCCUGGCCGCGCUCAAGGACGAACCGCAGACCGUGCCGGACGUGCCGAGUUUCGGCGACAGCCCGCCGCUCUCGCCCAUCGACAUGGACACCCAGGAACGCAUCAAGGCGGAGCGCAAGCGGCUGCGCAACCGCAUCGCCGCCUCCAAGUGCCGCAAACGCAAGCUGGAGCGCAUCUCCCGCCUGGAGGAGAAAGUGAAGACCCUCAAGAGCCAGAACACCGAGCUGGCGUCCACGGCGAGCCUGCUGCGCGAGCAGGUGGCACAGCUCAAGCAGAAAGUCCUUAGCCACGUCAACAGCGGCUGCCAGCUGCUGCCCCAGCACCAGGUGCCCGCGUACUGAGCCCGCGCGGGGCGCAUGCGCGGCCUCCGCCCGCUCUCUCCCUUCUCUCCCCCCUCCGAGAGGGGCGGACUCACCGGGGAGGGGGGCAGGAGGAGGAAGAGGAGGGGAUGCAGCGCGUGGGCGCCUCGGACUCGGAGAGGGGUGCGGUCCUGGGGACCCUCCCCCUUCCUCGGCCCUGUAUCACCGCCACCGGGUGCGCCGGACUGGAGAGGGCGCCCCCGGACUCGACAAGCUGGACCCCCUGCUCCUCGGGGGGGCGAGCGCAUGACACCCCCCACUUGGCAUCCUCGUGCUGCCGCUGGUUCCCACCCAGCCUCCGCCGCCACCGCCGUGCGCGCCCCCAGCCAGCCAGCCCACCCCCUUUCUGGGCACACCAGCGCUGCGGAAACGGGGGUGGGAUGGGGCGGGGAGGGCGCAGCCUAAGCUCCUCUCCUCGCUUCCUUUUCUUUUUUCUUUUUAGUCUUUGGUUUUGUUGUUGUUGCCUUUGGAAGAGGAGGCCGGCGUGUUCGAAGCAGCCCUAUUUAUGUUUUUACUUGGGAACAAACGUUGGUUGUGUGUCUGCGCGCGCGUGUGCGUGUGUGCGUGCGUGUUUCCUUGUGUUGGGUUUUUUAAAGAAAUGGGAAGAAGAAAAAAAAAAAAGACUCCUCCCCUUUCCCGGCCCGACUUCCGACGACGCCACCUUGAAUCCCGUCCCCCCCUUUUUUUCUUUUCUCUCUGGUUUGGUUUGGUUUGGUUACAUUCCUGUUGGUAAUCCCUGACUCGCCCGUGUUCUGUUUUCAGUAAAGUCUCCUACGACA